UAGCUGCCAUGUUUAGCUGCUUUGUUGUAGAUUCCUUGUAGGUUUCCUGCAGAUUUUAGCCCAAGUGUUGCAAUGGAACCGAGCUGGAGUACGUUUUUAUUUCAACAGGCCAACGAGGCUCUGCAUCACCAGCACCAAGUGGCUGGGAACAGUCUCUUGCCUUUGCUCAAUUCUGGAGCGGAGCCACCUGAUCAGAAACCAGUGCUGCCCAUUCCCUUGGACCAGAAACCCCCUGUCAGUGCUGCAGAACUUCUUAAAGACAAUGUGGCCAGUGGGACUGGGGGAGGAGGUGGUGGUGGGCCUCCUGUGGCUGUGGUCAAAAAAGAACCUAAAUCAAAGACGCCCUUCAUCUGUGGCUACUGCAACAAGGCUUUCCGAGACAGCUACCACUUGCGGCGUCAUGAGUCUUGCCACACCGGCAUCAAGAUGGUUUCACGGCCUAAGAAGACACAAACAGCCCCUACCAUGGUGCCACUCAUAUCCACUGUACCGCGUGAGAAUAGCGCGAACCCAUCAUACAUUACUACUGUAGCCGGUAUCUUGACUACAGCCACCACGUCAACAUCCACAGGCACUAGUAUCAUGACCCCAAUGCAACACCAACAGCAGCAGACCAUCCCUAAGAAGCCCCCCAAGCCAGUGAAAAAGAAUCACGGCUGCGACAUGUGUGGUAAAGCCUUCAGAGAUGUGUAUCACCUCAACCGCCACAAGCUGUCGCACUCUGAUGAGAAGCCGUUUGAGUGUCCCAUCUGCCAGCAGAGGUUCAAGAGGAAGGAUCGUAUGACAUACCAUGUCCGCUCACAUGAUGGUGGUGUUCACAAGCCUUACAUCUGUUCUGUCUGUGGGAAGGGCUUCUCCAGACCUGAUCACCUAAGCUGUCAUGUCAAGCAUGUCCAUUCCUCAGAAAGGCCAUUCAAGUGCCAAGUAACGGCCUGUACCUCCGCCUUCGCUACCAAAGACCGUCUGCGCUCCCACAUGAUCAGGCAUGAAGGCAAAGUGACCUGCAACAUCUGUGGCAAAAUGCUAAGUGCUGCCUACAUCACAAGUCACCUCAAGACCCAUGGCCAGGCCAGCUUCAGCAACCCAUGUAACAAUAAAGGCAUAAGUGACUGGCAGUGGAACCACUCAGGGCCACGAAAAGGUGAGUUGACGGUAGGAGAGAUUUUAAAUAACUCCUUCCAAGUCCUAAUUGACAACUCUCACAAAGAUGCCAACAGUGUAAACAACAACUCGGCCACCACAACGCCAGUCACCAACUCUGCAGCCAUCACUUCAGCUAUGAACCGCGGUGGCAAUGCCAGCAACCCCGUCACAAUCGCUGCCCAGAUGAACAUCGCCACCAGCACGGUCAACAUCACAUCACCGGUCAACCUGCAGCACCCUGUCACCAUAACUGGCCCCGUGAACCUGGCCUCUGUCAACAUCCCUACAACGGCACACAUGAAUAUUGCCCACCCAGUUGCUAUCACCACUCCCAUGCCCAUGAAUAUCACUGGGCCACUCAACAUUGCCAUGAGGCCCAUGGAGAGCAUGCCUUUUCUAUCCCAAGUUCUGCCUUCAUCCCCCCCAUGGUAGAACCUUUUUAGCCUAUGUAACAGCAGAAAAUGUUUUAACUGCCUGAUAAUAGAUGACCCUGUCAAAUCCUUAUAAAACGGCCGGCUCACUGGGUUGAUACUGUAUUAAAUUUGAAAAGGCGAUAACUAAUGUAAUACAGCCACAUAGAUAGUAACCAGUGGUUGUUUUCAGGAAUCAUUAUGGCAUAAUUUGUCAUUUGUUUGUAUUCAUAGUCAUUGUAGAGCUGUCAUUGCGUGAUCUAAGUAUGGAACCCAUGUGCGUCAUGUAUGGUCAUGUGAUGACAGGUGAUUAUACGGAGUGGAGUGGAAGAUUGUAAGCCCUUUGUCUGUUCAAAGAUGGUCUUUAGAACCAGAUAUGAUUGGUCUCCACUCUCCAUCUGCUGAUCUGAUCUAUUAUACACAGUUGAAAGCUAUAAAAAAAGUUGUAUUUCAUCAGACUACUUUCGCCAAAGGCAAGAGUAGCUUGUCAGGCUCAGAUAAACAUCAAGUUUGUUACCUCUUGACUGCCUGAAUUACCUGAAUGGUGUCACAGGUGGCAGAGCAUUUUAGAUAACUUCACAUGCCAGUAUGACAUGACCUCAAUGGGAUACAGUUACUCUCUGUAAAUAUUGACCAUUUUAUACCAAAGAUUUUCUAAGUAUAGUGUUUCCCAGUAUAGUGAAAUUAUAUAUUUUUAAAGAUAAACGGAAAACCUUUAAACAGCAUUUAGACCAUCAAGGGACAGAAAUUUUUCUUUAGAAACCCAGAGUAAUGAUAUUAUUCAGGCACCCACCCCUCAUUCCCCUUUGUACUAUCACCACUGGGACUGUGAGGGGAGGGGUGGCAUGGACACCCUGUCUGACUAAUUUUACAGUGGAAGCCAGCAUGUACUGGUGCUUACUGAAUUUAUGUUCAAAUGUUGCAUCUUUCCCAACAGCCAUUAUAGCAAUAAUAGUGCUGGGUUUUUUUUUUGGAGCAUUUUCAUAUUCGGUUAUAUGUAUAUUUAUGUUAAAUUUUUCAUUACUGGCAGUUAAUCAUGAUCAGAUUUCAUACUUUCAAACCAAAAAGAGUACUUUCCUCCACUUUGACAAGGUUUAAAUUCUUGGGCAGUUAUUACAUUUUCAGCUGCUAUGUGUUCACCCAUAUUUUGUUUUUAUAUUUAUCCCUUGCUUACCCCUUUUUACAAACUUGGGCAGUUUGUUUUUCUACGACAGAUAGGUGGGGGUUAGUCUGCUCAUUGCAGCAGUAUGCUGUGGAGAGUCCAACCCUCUUAGGGCCCUUUUUUUUGAAACUCUUUCAUUUCUGUUUAGCCACUGAGGACAAUGUUGGUCUUGAAAAGUGACCAGUUGAAAGUGAUUUCUUCAGCUGGGCGUCUGAGUUCAAACAUGAGUGAUGCGUGAUACCUUACUAUACCUUAGACAUUAACAACUCCUUAAAUGGUAGUGUAUUGCCAGAGUUGUUCUUAAAUGCUUCUUCUUGAGGCAAAUUUUGUUUCAUAUUCUUUUUUUCCUAUUGUUAUUUUAGUGGACUUAUCAGUAUUUAAUAGUUAAUGUAUUUUAAAGUUCAAGUACAAAAAAAAAAACAAAGCUUCCAUUAUGGGGGAGGGUGAAUGAUGUUUUGGAAUUCACUGAUGGUUCAGAGGUUGUUUAGAUCCAUCAACCAUCAACUCCCCCAUGUCUGUAUUUUAAAAUUGCUGGAAACCAGUCACUCCUCACUGCUGGAUAUUCUACACAAGUUUAUCUGUGACAUUUGUUUGGAUUUUUUUAAUGUAUUUAUAUCAGGACAUGACAGCUAAGAGGAAAUGUCUCGUAGUGAAAGCAUGUCCCCUAGGUUUUGCCCUUAAAAUGGCAGUAUUAUCAAAGUCAGAUGAUUUUAAAUUUUGAUUACUGAGGACUUUUUAACUGUAGAGGUCAAAAGAGCUACACAGUGGCUCGCUAGACUCUGUGCUACAAAAGCAGUCCUGAAGUUACCCAUUGUGGUAUGUUCAGUUGGGUAGAUUGUUUACUUUAGCAGUUAUAGGAUCCCAUCACUGUCAAACUCAGGAAGGUUACUGAGAAUAGUCUUUUAAAACCAUGUUCAAUUUACACACUGACCAUUUCUUUGUAAAUAUGAAACACUAUUUUAUUGCCUUUUACCUGUGGUAGAGUGAACCUCUCUGCUUACCACAGGCUAGCAAUGCAAGAACUAUAUCACCACUUAUGUGGCCGUCCAUCCAGGAGAGGACAGAGAAAUGAGCAGAGUAGUGAAAGGAGAAGACUGGUGUCAUUUUCUUUUUAUUAUCAACAAAUCCCAUAAAAAGACCAACAAUUAAUCAAUUUAAAAGGAACCAUCUGUUACAGCUUGAUAUAGCUAAUGCUUCCAAUGCCAUGGAACAUCAUUGCUGUCCAAAAACUAUUACAAACACAUGCAGGAGCCGUACCACUGAAUUGGUUGACACACUUCUUCAAUGAGAUGAACACUGAGUGUAGUUUAUUCCCCUUAGAUUGUCAAACUAACAAAGCAGUGAAAAGCCAGAACUGCUUGCAAGCGCAUGCCAUCUGCUCCCCACGGUGCUACUCUUCAGAGACUAAAAAUUAUGCCACCCGGUUAUUCUACGAUACACACUGGCCAUGUGAUUGUUAUUGAAGGAACAUGUCAUACAGUGCAGCAGUGUGGCUCUUGUUUGCAUUUUUAUUAGUUUUAGAAAAACUGAGUUCUGUGGCAUGGUGUUAGCAAUAUCAGACUGUAGCAACACAGACCUGUCAGCAGGAUAAACUCAUCCUUGGUUAGAGCGCCUUCAUGGAAAUGGUCAGUUAUCAUAAAGAGACAAAAUAAUACCAGCCUUGUCCUUUUUAAUCUGAAUUUUCUCUGUAGGUCUCACUUGCAUAGCUCAUUGUUUAUUUGUAAUUGUUGUUUUUUUUUUUUUUUCCUGGCAAUUUAUCUUUACUGGAAAAUUGAGGCUGUGAUCACAAAGGAGGUGUUGUUUUCCCGCUCAGAGCUCAGGUGUACCUGAAAAAGAGCAAGAUGCCAGAGUGUGGCACUAGCAUUAUUCAUGUUGCCAGGGGACACAGAGGCUGACAACUUGCAACCAUGUUCAUAUGACAAGUAAAUAUGUAACCUUGCCACUACAAGUCACAGCUGCACAGAGAUCCUGUGUGGGUGUUUGCAUACAUGGUGCUGCAUAAAUGAGUGCAUGCAACAGUUCUUUUUUCAUUCACCCUUUCCAUGUGCUAAUGGGUGUUUUUGGUUUGAGCAUCAUCGGGACUGUGAACCACUUAACUUUGUCAGUGGCAACAAACGACUGGACCAGAAUAAGGCCAUCAUUCAAACAUACAGGGCUGCACUCAGUAUAUGAAUUUGGGAGACACUGGAUGGGUUUGGCCAUUGUAAAAUCACCAGUCCUGUUACAUUAUGAUGCCUAUUACUACAACACAUUUGUGAUGCACAAAGGCAAAUAUCAGACAGCAAUAUGAAUUCCUCCCACUCCCACUUGUUUGUUGAGACAAAGCAGUCUUGUCAGUCUCCUCCAUAAUGGUCUUAUUGGGCUGUGGUGCAGCAAAUACGUGGAUUCAUCGUACAUUAAGCUGAAACAAAUAGGGUCCUGAAUUGAUGGCAGUGCAGAGCCUAAUGUCAGAGCAGAUGGUCUUCAGUUCACCUGUUUAGUUCCUCCCACAGCCUUAGGUGUGUCUGUCUAGUCUGGAUGCCAUGAACCGUACCAAUGGGAGUAACUGCUCACACUUUUGAGACAGUCUCUCCUGAGAGACAUUCACAGUGUCUCACUUGGUAGUUCACAGGAAAACUGACAGGCCUCCACACACCUGUCCAGUCAGUGGAAAAAGUGGGCGUGAUUGUUGGAUUGUCUGUUUUGGAAACUUUACGCAAAUUGUCAGGUGCAGCCUCUCCAGAUUCUGUCAUGAGAAAGGAGUUUUCAGAUGCUGUUACACGAUCGGAUAAACACUUUAUUUGAAGCACACUGAGUCUUUAAUUGGAAGUUCAUUAACCUUUAAAGAGAAGGAGGAAUAAUCAGUGGAGUCAGUGGAGAGGAAGGAGAAAAAUUGCAGCAAAAAGUGAAUCAUAUCUUCCAUUAGAUCUGCCUAGAGUCCCCAUAUGAGAGUGACAUGGCUGAAGGUGAGACUUGUUGAGCUUGCACACAUUCACAACGACUGAACGGUUUAAAGGACAUGCUAGGUCCAGAAUUACACUUGGAUAAAGAUGUGGGCUUGUCAUUGCCAAGCCCAUGGAUAGUGACUGAACAAAGGAGCAAGCAUGUUAACAAGUUUCUUUUGUGAUCUCAGCCCCAACCGUUUCCUGCACCAGGCUCGCAUACUGUCCCACACAGUUCCCUGGCUGUGUGCGCACGUGUGUGAAUUAGUUUGUAGAUGUGAAGCCUAUUUGUAGUUAGGGGCCUUUUUUAGUGCAGGAACUUUGAAGCACUUGCAGCAAACUGUAGGAUGUGCACACUACAGAAGAGUGGUACUUAACAAGGGCAUUUCAGUUUGAUGAAAUGAGAAUGAAUGAUUGGUGUUUGUUUUACAGUUCAUCUGGCCACAUCUGCAUUUUGGCAGCCCAGAUGUUUGGCCCAUUAAUUUCAUUGUAUGCAUGCCAACUGUGUCCACCAAGGGAAAUGCUCUAAUGUGGAUUGGCAUUAUGAUCUUGGAAAUUGAUUCUUUUCCCAUCUUUGUUUUAUUCUUUUUCCAAUGUUGCAUGUGGAUGACUGAGCUUGUCCAGAGUAGGUUUGAGUUCAACAACCAUUAUUAGAAGGCUAGUGACUUUUUAUGAAAACAAAACACUAAAAAAAAAUUAGGAUGAAAGGAAGUGUGUGAUGUCAUUUGUCCUUCUCCAGUGGCCGUAAACAAGUGUGCCUGAAAUACUUUGCAAGACUUUUCCACACGUUGAUGCUUCCUCCUCUAGAUGUGCUGUGUGAUGGAAAGUUUUGUGAAGGAAGCCUUCAUCAGUUCAGACGGCCGAGAGCCCCACAGGUCUGGCAACCAAACUAUGUGAUUAGCUUUUUGUUUUUAAACCUAAUGAUUGUGAAGUAAUCAUACUAUACUUCAGGAACAACCUUGAAACAUGAAUUGAGAUCUUUAUUUAAGUCAAGGUCACUCCAACCUAAUGUGAAAGACAAAACAUUUAUUUGGCCAAAUAAUGAUUUGGAUGAUGAUUUUUAUUUUUUAUUUUCUGUGAAGUUUGUAUGAUGAAUUUGGCAGAUGUGAAGGCAAAUGAAUGUAUAUCUUUGUACAAACCAUUUAGUUCAGAGGACAUGUUAGUUAUGACAGACACAUGCAAGAAAAAAAAUAACCUUUUAUAAAUCUUUUUGUAUUAGAACAUUAACAAUGGUAAUUUUUGUAUAUACGAAGGCUAGGCUUUCUGAUUAGCAGAAAGGUAAAACAUUCCUACAUUUUUUUUAAAUGUAUGUCCAUUGAGAAUAAUUAUGUAAACAUAUGCGCAAUGUUUUAUGUGCCUUUUAUUUGGGUUUGUCUAAAUAAAAGAAAACAAUAAAACAUGAUUGUGGACUGUCCAUGCUGAGUGCCACAGAGGAAAGUCAGUACUGUCCAUCUCACCUGAAUCUCCAGAUUGACCUACCUACGCCACCCUCCUGUACUCAAGACACUUGCCUAGAUCAGGAGGGACAUGCUUUUUUUGUUUUUAGUUUCUUUUCCUAGCUUUAUUUGAGGUUUCCAGGAGGCUGAGACGGUUGUGAAGUCCCCGGUGUUUAUGGGUGUUUCUGAUCUCCAGGCUCCUCAGUGUCUUCAUCGGCUCACUGGCUCACAGUUGGCCUGCUCAUGAUGAAAGUGCCUCUGUGACUUUGCUUAUCGGAGUGGACUGUGGGGGAUUUUGUGCCAAAUCAUGGUCUGUAUGUGACGACAAAAACAUUUCAGUGUUUUUUUCAUUCUUUAACUAUUAAACUUGGAAAAUGU